UCGGAGAAUUGUCCCAAAAGACAGAGAUCACCUCACCUCACCUCGACGGCCCACAGAAAAUGCAGCAAGGGCGUGAAGCUGUCGCCAUUCUCGUUGGCAAUUACAAUUUAUAAAAGUGUGGCAAAGUAAACAAUUAAAUUAUAAUUCGUGACAGCAGGCAAAAAGCAGUAGAGGAAAAACCAGUAAGGAGGUGCGCCAACAUCUUCCAGCCCAAGCAGCAGAGGAGGCAGGAGGAGGAAUAUAUAUCGCCAGCGGUCCAUGGGUCAAUAUCAUAAUCUGAGGCAGCAACCGGAGCGGCAAACAAGUCGCCACAGGCAGCAAGGAGCACUUGAGUUGCCCAUAAAUCAAAGCGACGCAAUUUGCUGCUGACGAACCGCAACGCAACAGCGGCAACAAGAGCAGCAGCAGCAGCAUCAGCAGCAGCAACAACUAUGCCAUUACUGCUGGCAACAACACUUGCCAACAAUUCCCAUCAUCAACACUUGAGCACAACAGCAGCAGAGACAGCCGCAGCAGCAGCAGCAACAGCAACUGCAGCAGCAACAGCAACCAUGUUGCUGACUUCGCCGACAGCAGCAACUCAUUGCCUGGCUGCUGCAACAUCGGCAGCAGGUGUUAAUGUUCAAAUUACUGGCCAAGGCGUUUCAGCCACUCUGAACGACGAUCAACUGCAACUGCCGGCUAAUUAUGCCGCUAACGUUGGCCAUUUGAAUGGCUUUAACCCUAAAGACAACUGCCCACCAGUUCCACCCACCAGCGAGCGGGCUUUUGAGGGAUUGCUGCGCCUGCCGCAGAUACAAGUCAAGCAGGAAUUCAUGGAGUCGCCGCCAGAGAGGCCCAGCUGCCAUCCCAUGAACCACCAGCAAGCAGCAGCAAACUCAGCGCUGGCUACAAGCUGUCGUGGCAAAACAAUAUUAAAUCCUUGGUAUCUAAGGCCCGCCGACGGCAUUGGAUAUCAUAAUUAUAAUAGCAACAACAACAGCGGAAGCGGGGAAAUCAACAAGGAUGUUGGCCAGCAGAUGACUUCCGCAUGUGGCGGUGGCGAUGGCCAGACAUGUCUGCCAGUCUCGUAUUUUGGCAUGGAGACGCUGGCAUCUGUCAAACAGAGACAGAAAUCCCUGCCAGACUUUCUAAUACCGCUGCACGAAAUUAUGUUCCAGCAACAACAUCAUUACCAGCAAAGGACAAUGGGCACAUUAAUUAAUAGUCUGCCGCCCGGCUUGGUCGGGUAUCCUCCCCAAAAAACAGAGACGUUCAAGUCGUUAACCCCGCCGAAAGCACUGCAGCACCACCAAAACAACCAAAACAACCAGAAUCACCAGAAUCACACCGGUGACCACUCCUUCGUCCGGCACUUUCACGAACGAGAUCGCCUCAUUCGGGAGCACCAGCUCAAGCAUCAGCAAUUGCGUGACGAGGAGGAAGUCCUUCAGGAACAGGAGCAGGACGAGGAGCAGGAACACGAAACGCUGAGGAAACCCCACGUUGUACCAUCUGAGCUGGAGCACAACCAUCAUUGGCAUGGCGUCGUUUGCGAUGCCAAUGGCCAUGCCACGAGGCUGCUCCACAUUGCCCCACCAAGGGCUGGGCCAACACCACUGCCAACACAUCAGCAACCGCCAGUCGGAGAGGUCCUGCCCCCGAACUCCACGUCCUUCUUGACUAUUAUGGAUCCGCCCAAGGAGCCAAGCAUUUACGAGCAGCCAGCACCAAAUGGUCGACAUUGUCGUCCUGCCAACAAAGUUAUGCGGCACAUGUCGAACUCACCCACACCGCCCUCGCCACUGCGUUCGCUAUCAGACUGCGGAAAGAGCUUCGAGGAGGAGGAACUGGAGCUGGGCGAGAACUGCGAGAUGCCACAGAACCUGAGCAGCAAGCGCCAGGCCAGGGAACUAGACUCUGAGCUGGAAAAUGAGGUCCUGGAUCUGGCACCGCCACCGAAGAGAUUGGCCGAGGAGCAGGAGGAGGAAAAGGCCAGUGCCAAUCCACCACAGCCCGUGGGAUUCGCGCCGGAGGAAAUGCAUCAGGCCCUGCAACUGCAGUUGCACAGCUACAUCGAAAUGGUUCGCCAAUUGGCGCCGGAGGCGUUUCCCAAUCCCAACCUGGCCACGCAGUUCCUGCUGCAGAACUCACUGCAAGCCUUGGCGCAGUUUCAGGCCCUGCAGCAGAUGAAGCAGCAGCAAAGGGAGGAUCCUCUGCCCAGUUACUCCACCCCCUUGGCCAAGUCACCACUGAGAAGUCCAUCCCUGAGUCCGGUGCCCCGGCACAGCAAAUCCCAGCAGCGAACUCCACCAAACUCGAUGACUGCCAAUUCUCUGGGUCUGAGUAGUGCCGUGAUGACUCCAAAUACGCCCAGCAUGCAGCAGCAGCCGCAACUGCAGCAGAGCACUCCCAAGCCCACGAGUGGGAUAACUGUGGCAUCUGCCAUGGCCAAGCUGGAGCAGUCGCCGGAAGAGACCACUGAUCUGGAGGAGUUGGAGCAGUUUGCCAAGACCUUCAAGCAGCGCAGAAUCAAGUUGGGCUUCACCCAGGGCGAUGUGGGUUUGGCCAUGGGCAAACUGUAUGGCAAUGACUUCUCGCAGACCACCAUUUCCCGCUUCGAAGCCCUCAAUCUGAGCUUCAAGAACAUGUGCAAGCUGAAGCCGCUGCUCCAGAAAUGGCUGGAGGAUGCGGACAGCACGGUGGCCAAGUCGGGCGGUGGAGUGUUCAACAUCAACACGAUGACCAGCACGCUGAACAGCACACCGGAAAGCAUCCUGGGACGCAGGCGCAAGAAGCGCACCUCCAUCGAGACCACAGUGCGCACCACGCUGGAGAAGGCCUUCCUGAUGAACUGCAAGCCCACGUCGGAGGAGAUCAGCCAGCUGUCCGAGCGCUUGAACAUGGACAAGGAGGUGAUCCGGGUGUGGUUCUGCAAUCGCCGGCAGAAGGAGAAGCGCAUCAAUCCCUCGCUGGAUCUGGACAGUCCCACGGGCACUCCGCUGAGCAGUCAUGCCUUUGGGUAUCCACCGCAGGCUCUGAACAUGUCCCACAUGCAAAUGGAGGGCGGUUCGGGUUCCUUCUGCGGCAGUUCCAUCAGUUCGGGGGAAUAGAAGAAGCGGGAUCAGCGUGGAAAUCCAUCCAUCCAAUCUUGUACAUAGUCAGCUUAUGCUCCAAAUUCUUCCACAACAUUCCACUUGCCACACUCUCCAUAUCAAAUGCAAACAAUGCCAUGGAUGUAUUUAGUAAACUAGGUGAUAGCCAGUCGUAUCAGAAAAUCCAUUACGAAUUUAUGAGUACAUAUAGCUCCACUACACUAUACUACCUAUUCGUAUCUGUAUCUGUAUGCAUAUAGAAGUUCCUAGUUCUAACUAUUCCCCAAAUGCCAUACGUGUGUAUCUGUUGUGCCCCAUAUCCCCCAUAUCCACUAUGCCACAAAUCAGUCCUCUAGUUGUAUUUACUGUACUGUGUAUUGACCUAGAUGUGUAUGUAUAUGUAUACCGAUGUUGUUGUACGAUGUCCAAUUGUAAAUUGAUCUGGAACACACUUAGAUCGUAACAUCCAAAAAUUUCAAUAAAAUUAU